UUAUUUUUUAGGAGGCAUUGCCAUUCCUGGAGCAUGUGUAGGUAUAUUUAUGGGAGGAUACCUCCUGAAGCGAUUUCAGCUGCAACCAAAAGGAGCAAUACAAUUUGUUCUUUUCUUCAAUUUGGUGUGUAUGGGACUGUAUACAUUGUUAUACUUUUUGGGCUGUGACAAUAUCAGAAUGGCAGGAGCCACAUUACCAUAUUUCAACAAUACUGAAUUGGAAACAUUCCAAGUAAAUCUCACAGCUGAUUGUAAUAUGGGUUGUCGAUGCAGCCCCAAUGACAUAGAGCCCGUGUGUGGAAGAAAUGGUAUCACUUAUUUCUCUCCAUGUCAUGCCGGUUGCAAAGCAGAAGGAGGUCACCGUCCAUUUAGUUAUACCAAUUGUGCCUGUAUUAUAACUAACUCCACAUUGACUCAGGAAGUUACUGCCAUUCCUCUGGCUACAAGUGGACCCUGUCCUCAAGUUUGUCAAGCAAUGAUUCCAUUCAUGGUGCUUUUAUUCAUCAUGACUCUGGUAGUGUCCAUAACCCAAAUGCCUCUGCUAAUGAUUACUUUAAGGUCUGUAAGUCAAGAAGAAAGGUCAUUUGCUCUUGGAAUGCAGUUUGUUAUUUUUAGAGUAUUUGGAUAUAUUCCUUCUCCCAUUAUGUUUGGAAAUGUUAUUGAUUCCACCUGUAUCUUAUGGAAAGCACAUUGUGGCAGACAAGGUGGAUUCUGUCUUAUGUAUAAUAUAGAACAUUUUCGCCUUAGAUAUAUAGGUGUUUGUUCGGGAUUGAAAGUUGCUUCUGCACUCUUAUUUUUUCUGGAUUGGUUACUAAUAUCUUGGAGGCAGAAAAAAGAUAUUGAACAACCAACUACUCUAACCGUUGGAGAAUUAGUGUCUUCCAUAGUAUCGCUCGAUCGUAUCUCAACGUAUGGUUGGUCAGAAGUAGAAAAACGAGAAGAUGGUGAUGACAUACAACCACUUGAAAGUACAGAAGAAGAAAAUUAUAAUGAACAUGAAGAUGUGGAGAAUAAAAGGCAAUUUCAGAAGUAACAAAAAGUAAAUAGAUGUAUAAAACUAUAAAUGAACAAUCCUAUACUUUUAAGCAUUUAUUUGACUGUUGUAAAAUAAUUUAUAUUGGAUUAGGCUAAAUGAUUUAGCAAAGAUGAUUAUUUUAGGUGUAUUUAGAACCCAAAUGUAAUUUAAAUCGUUUAUUUUUAUUAAAUUAUUUGUACAUUGGCAUUUAAAAGCACCUACUAUAAAUAACAGACAGCACUUCCCAUAUACAUUGAAUAGGAUCAUUUGUAAUAUAAUGUUAAAUAUGUUUUCUGUGAUGUUCUUCCAUAAUGCUGUACGCUAAUUCAUAACUUCAUUAUUGAUUGACCAAACUAUAAUAUAGUCAACUUGCCUUCUAUAAUUCCUAUUAUCAAUAAGUAAAUAUAUAUUUUCUAACGAAUUUGCAGCAUUAAUCUGUUGCUGCACAUAUAAUGAAAUGCAUCAUGUUGUUUAUUAUGUAUUAUUUUAUUUUGCUGCAAAAGUUACUUGACUUUUACAUCGGACUUUCCAGAAUUUAAAGUUAUCUGAAGUGCUUAUUAUAUUUAAUUUUUAAUGAUCAGAAAAUAGAAUAGAUUUUAGUAACAAAUAGUAACAUAGACAAAUACUAUUUAUAUAGUCUGUAUAUCAUUUUAGCAUGAUGUGCACAUGUAGCUUAUUCAGCUAAAUGUAGCUGAAUCAGCUACAAGUUACUUUGUACUUAAAUAGUGAAGAAGAAAAAAAAUCAUUUAUUAAUGCACAUACAUGUGAUGCAUAUAUUGCACAUGUUAAUUCCUUACAAAGCUCCAUUAAAACAAAUGUUGGGAAACUGAAUAUGUAGCACUCAAAUUAAAAAAUGUAAUUAAUCAUAUAGUAAUCAUUAGAAUAGAAUUCAUAAACUUAUAAUUGUCAUAAUCAUCAGAUUUAUAUUUUGGAGAGCAAACCAUGAUAUUUCGAAACUUUGCACUGUCAUUUUUGCAUUUGAAAAAUAUCUGAAUUAUAAUUUGCAUUGAAUUAUUGUAUUUACAACAUUGAAAAAGUGCAAAGAAAAAUUACAUUGUGCCUUUAUGUCAUUUCACAGUUUGCAAGAUGAAAUUUUAAGAAUUUUUUAAUAUUUCUUUUAUUCAAAUCACUGAAGUGUGUUCUCAUCAAAAAUGCAUUUCUGCUAUCAUCUGUACCUUAAUUGCAUUUAACUUUUGUAAUAUACAAACUGUAUUUAAUAAUUUGCUUAAUCAUAUUUCUGUAGGUAUUCUGUAUAAAGAUAAUCUUUUUAAUUUUAUCAUUUCUAGUUAUAUUCAUCUUAUAUUAUAUAUAUAAAGAAUUAGAAUAUUUCUGAAUAAGAGUGUAAUGUCUCACUCAAAUAUCAAGUUUAUUAUUAUUAUUAUUAUUAAAUUAUUGAGGGAAUAUCUUACAUGCUCCUGAUAUUGAUUAUCGGGUAAUUACCAUCAUAAAAUUUAUUACUCUGCUAAAUAAUAUAUACAAAUAUUAUUUAAUUUUUUCAGUAAAUAGCAUAUUUAGAAAACUGAUGGACCUGGAGUCUAUCUUAAAUUAAUAGCAAUAUUUAAUAAAUUACAAUUUUCUACUGUUUUGCUGAUGAAAUAUUGAUAAGCCCCAAAAUUUCAUGGAGUUGCUCAAAGUAUCCCAAUCAUGUCACCACAACUCCGUCCUAAUGGGCUACUUAACAAAAGAUAUUAACAUUGCUUUAUCCCACUAAUCUGACAUAUAGCAUAUAUAACUUUUUUUUAACAAAACCCAGUACUUUAUCAUUAUAUUGUAAUUGAUAUUUGUAAGUUUUAGCCACUGCUACAGUGCAAAAUGCAAGAUUUUUAUCGACAACUCUUGUUGGGCAGACUUAUUUUUCAGAUAAAAAAAAAAACUGUUAUUGAAUGUUAAAAUAUAUUAUGUACGUAUGUAUAUAUAUAUAUAUAAAUAGCCACAUAUAGAAAAUAUAUCGUUAAUGUUGCAAAUCAGGGACCCAGGUUACCACUUCCAGUGGUUGUUGUUGUGUUUGUAAGAAAAUAUACUUUGGAAAUAAUUAGGUAUAUAGUGCAUAAAAUCUGUGGAGAAAGACAAAUAAAAAAAAUAUGUAAAGAAUUUGCAUGUUAAUGGAAAGAAUUAUUUGUAUGUUUUUUUGUUUUCUUGUGUAAAUGCCUCAAAGAGACUAUUCAUAUCAUCUAUAAUUUACAAAUAUAUUCUGUAUUAUUUUAGUUUGCCUUUUUUUUGGUCCAAAAGAAAAAAAAGAAUAAAGACUGAUGCACUAAAUUUUGCAUU